AUGAACCACGAAACUCGUACGAGGUGUGGAUGUCCAACCUACAAGAAAGAGUCUGUCUUGACCCUUGAUGGCGGCGGUAUUCGAGGUCUCGUGUCGCUCCUUAUUCUUCAACAGAUCCUAGUAUUCAUCCGCGAUGAGGAGCGCGAGUGCGAUCAAAAGAUGGUUGUCGCAGGCCAUCAAGCACCAAGCGCCAACGCACACGACAAAAAACUGCCGCUUGCCUGUCAUUACUUCAGCUUCAUGUUUGGCACUAGCACUGGAGGAAUCAUCGCACUCAUGCUUGGUCGACUUCGCAUGAGCAUCGAAGAUUGCAUCCACACCUACCGCAACCUGGGCAGCGAAAUUUUUGGAAAGAGACAGCCAUUCCAUUUCCUGGGAGGCAUGCGUUUCCUGGUUUCUCUCGGCACAGGCAAACAAGCCGAUCAACUCAUCACCAGAGGUGCGGGCCCCAUACCAAAGCUUCUGAGCAUUGUCAGACGUGCACUGAAGAAGAUGACCGACCCGGAACUCGUACAUGAAGAUCUACAAAGAGCCCUUGACCCGAAUGUAUACUUCCGCUUCAACGUCGAGGAAUCCCUCAAGAAGAUGAAGCUUGACGAAUGCAUCAUAAAAGGUGAAGACAACAUCACUUUCAGCAGAAUAGAAAAAGCCGUCAACGGCUAUUUCAACGAUGGCGAUGUCUGGGACCGUGCGAAGCUACUUGCUAAACGGCUGGUUCAGCAUCGCCGGGAGAGACGCAAACCUGGUCACGAGUGGUUCCGCAACCUGACGAUCCCUGGCCUACUACCAGAUCCGAUUGACAACAGAUAUAGGAGCGAUGAAACACCCAACGGUAUCAUCAACUUAGAUCGAAGAGGUUCGCGGCCUGAGCCGUUACCGGGGGCUAUCGAAAUGCCUACACCGAUGUCAGAGAUGCCGAUAGGACUGAUGAUUUCCGAGCUGGCGCCCAGGAGCCCAAUACAAGAUUCUACACGCAGUCUUCCCACGAGCCCGACCUACAUUCCAUAUGACUCAGCCAUAACUCCUCAGGAAGAGUGGUGUACACCAAGCUCGCGGAUCCUGGAAUACCACCAGCCCGAGCAAGAGAGGAACAGAAGAGACCUUGGUGCGAAUGGCACUGCUCCAACGCCAUAUAGAGAGGAUGGCGCUCCUCCGCCCACCCCGGAUACACCAAGCUGA